GCAGCGGGGAGGGGAGGGCGAGAGCUCGGCCGCAUUCGAGGCCGCCUGCGCUCAUCAAACGCUGCUCAUUGAACACACACAGUGAGGCAGAGCUGGAGUGGAAAUAUUUUUUAUGCCGCAAUAUGCGUGAAUUUCUAAAAUAAACCCGGGGUUGCUGGAGCCCUUCUGAAGGAGGUCUGGAUCAGGACUCAUUCGCGCGGGCCCUGAGAGGCCGACCCGUCAGACGGGCAUCGGGCGAGCACGUUACAUGCCAGCAUUUUUGGUUUUAUUUGGACUGCCCCCUUUAGGUUGAAUCCCCUCUCCCCCGAUACUCUUUCAUUCAUCAGAAAGAGUGAGUUUUGACCCUAGUGCGGCAGCCGGGCUGCUCCCCCACACACAGAUGAAUGAAGACCCCAUUCGGGAAGAACGCAGCCCAGAGAUCCAGAGCUGAUGCAGGGCAUGCUGGUGUCUCUGCAAAUAUGAUGAAGAAAAAGAAUUCUCAUAAGAAACACAAAAGCAGCGUAGGCCCCACCAAAGCAGUGGCUCAGCCGCGGAGGAACAUCGUGGGCUGUCGUAUCCAGCACAUCUGGAAGGAGGGCAGCGGCGCGGCGUCGCAGUGGAAAGGCACCGUUUUAGACCAGGUGCCCGUCAACCCCUCGCUCUACCUGAUCAAAUACGACGGCUUCGACUGCGUCUACGGCCUGGAGCUGCAUAAAGACGAGCGGGUGCAGGGACUCGAGGUCCUGCCAGACAGACUCGCCUCGACGCGCAUCAGCGACGCUCACCUGGCCGACACCAUGAUCGGCAAAGCCGUGGAGCACAUGUUCGAGACGGAGGACGGCACUAAGAACGAGUGGAGGGGAAUGGUUCUGGCCCGGGCGCCCAUCAUGAACACGUGGUUCUACAUCACGUACGAGAAAGACCCGGUGCUCUACAUGUAUCAGCUGCUCGAUGACUAUAAAGACGGAGAUCUGAGGAUCAUGCCAGACUCUAACGACUCGCCCCCGGCGGAGCGUGAGCCCGGAGAGGUAGUGGACAGCCUCGUGGGGAAGCAGGUGGAAUACGCCAAAGAGGACGGCUCUAAACGAACUGGCAUGGUUAUCCAUCAGGUGGAGGCCAAGCCCUCCGUCUACUUCAUCAAGUUUGAUGACGACUUUCACAUUUACGUCUAUGACCUGGUGAAAACCUCGUAAAGCGGCGACACGGGACGAGGAGAGGGGGAGGAGUUUCACGUAAACCAUGUGAUCCACACAAACGUUUUUUUUUGCCAAAAGUUCUCUCUGAACAUUUCUCGUAACAUCUUUUGGAAAUGGAACGCUGGAUAUUUCGGUGGAUUACCGCUAGUGUCUCUUAUCGCUGUAGGAUGAACGGAUAUCAAAACCCCACCCCCGACAUACACGUAGCUUCACAUUUCAGAGGUUCGUCUCGAGCAUUUCCCAUUCCUGUUGGUUGUUGAAAAAGACGUUCAUCGGGAAAAUCCCGUCUGGCUGUUCUGGGACGUUAAAGUGUUCAUCUGUUGGACUGUUACAGCUCCGUCUUGGGUUGAAAUUCAAGCUAGCGGUUUGCGCCGAUCCUGGGGAAACGGUGAAAAGGAAACGCGGCGGUCCGUGAAGGAUGGGGAGCGUUCGGGACGUCCUAAACCUCGUAAAAGUGCCAGGAGGUGGAGGGCGGGAGAAAAUGUCUGUAAAUAAGACAUCGUUCUGUUCUUGAUGUCUUUGAGUCGGUUGCCAGAUGUUUCAUGUUUUAUCCCUCCGUCUUCUGGUUCUCGCCGGAAUUGCACGCACGAGCUCCGCUGUCAAUCAAAUGUAGGCAUUUGUGGCGUGAAACCCCACCGUCUUGUUUUUAUGUAUUUUGUUUUCUACUUUUUAUUUUAUAUAUAUAUAUAUAUAUAUGUCAUCACCACAAGUAAACGCUAAUGCAGCUUUUAUUAUCUUAAGCACUAAAUUAGAGACUUGUUUUGCUCCCGUUUGUUUUCAAUUAAUUGCUACAUCUUUGAAACAAAACAAAAAAAACUUUGCAUUUCAUAUUUGGAACAUUGAUUUAACGUUUGUCUAAUGUUGAUAUAACGUUCAUUUCACUUAAUUUACUUAAUGGGCUUCAUAACAUAUACAAAAUGCCCACUAAUUGUAUGAUAUUGCAGAGUGUGAACAUCUUGGGUUAUUGUUGUUAUGGUGUAGAUUAAUGGGUUUAUUGUGUCUUAGCACAUGAUUUUGGCUCUUUAGCACUAAAAAUCAUACGGUUACCCAAUUCCCCCGAAGUAUUUAGAGAUGUUACACAAAACUAAUUGCACAAAGUGUUUAAUCCCGUACCGGUUAGAAAAUGCUGAUGCAAUAACGAAGGAAGUAUUCAGGAAUUUCUUUGCACCCCGUGACAUUACCGUUGUUUUUCUUUCAUCAGCCUUGGAGAGAUUUCUCUGACGCUUUGCCUCUCUGCGAGCAUAAACGUCUGUGCCUCGAUAUUGACUUCAGUAUGUUUUUUUUACGUGUGUGUUUUGUCUGAAGGUUUGAGUGUUCCCAUUAGACUCGUGUGAAAUGACACUAAGGCCCCCUCCGAGGAAUGUUACGGUCGCAGCUACAUGUGUUUUGCAUUAUUUCAGCGUUUUGUGCUGCUUUCAGUUACAGUGUUCCUGUUUUCACGCUUACAUGAAGAGUUUCUCUUGUUCCGAAGCCGCUGUCGACUGCAUUCGAUGCACAACACUAGAAGAGUGCCAUGAAGAAAUGCACAGGUCAGAUUUCACUCCAAAAUUAUUUUAUUUGAGACAUUAUAUUUUGCAAAAAAAAUUGCAUUUAUUUUCAUGACAUUUAAGCACAUUCAUUCAAAUUCUCAUUACCUAAUGCAAAAACACCUUUACUGUAAUACAUUAGUGUAAUGCAACAUGUAAUACUGUAAUAAUCCUGUCCAGGCACACUGAUUUACACAGCAUUAAUCUAAAUCUUUCUAUGAUGUAUUCAUACUUUAAACUUUUUUUUGUUGUUUUUUUUUGGAUAUUGCAGUGAUGAGAAUAUGGGGGUUAAACAUGUUAAUUGAUUCAUAAAUGGCAAAAAAUGUCUAAUAUUAUGUGGUAAUUGUCAUAAAUAAAAGUUAUAUUUACAUAUA